GAGACGAUGAAACAGAAAAAUAAAAUAAAAUAAAAGAUUCAAAAAAAAUGAUGAAAGAAUUAAAAAAAGGAUUAGAGAAGUAGGAUCUGUCUGUGUGAUGAGCUGAGAAGGUAACAGUUCCAUUCGUAUAUUGUAAUACUGAGUUAAAACUGUACAAUGAGCCUUUUCUCAUUACAUCCAACUCUCUCUCUCCUCCUUCUUCGCCGCCACGUACACACUUCCACCUCUCAUUUCCUCUCUCCUCCACCACCUCCCAUCCUCCCCCACCGCCACCGCCACCGCCACCACUUUCUCUAUCCUUCACCUCGUGCAACUACAGCUUCCCCUUCCUUGCUCAUUCCUCGCUUCUCCGUUUCCAGCGGAGCUCUACUUCAAGAUGCCGGUGCUACUGCUGCUGUACUCGCCGGCGCGUACGGUUUAGUUCUGACUUUCGAUACUCUCACUCAACGAAACAUCAUCCAGCAGACAUUGAGCAGGAAACUAGUUCAUAUAUUAUCCGGAUUGCUUUUCGCCGUUUCUUGGCCUAUUUUCAGCAACUCAGUAGAGGCUCGCUACUUUGCUUCUAUAGUACCACUUGUUAAUUGCUUAAGGCUCGUUAUCAAUGGACUCACUUUGGCUACCGAUGAAGGGCUUAUAAAAUCCGUUACUCGAGAAGGAAACCCAAAGGAAUUGCUAAGAGGUCCUUUGUAUUAUGUUCUUGUAUUGAUCUUCUGUGCUUUAGUCUUUUGGCGUGAGUCUCCUGUUGGGGUGAUGGCAUUGGCAAUGAUGUGUGGUGGGGAUGGUGUCGCUGAUAUUAUGGGUAGAAGAUUUGGGUCAGCAAAACUUCCACAUAAUCAUCAGAAGAGCUGGGCCGGUAGCAUAUCUAUGUUCAUUUCUGGAUUCUUGAUUUCUAUCGGGAUGCUGUAUUACUAUUCAGCUUUGGGAUAUUUCGAGUUGGACUGGAUGUGGACAAUUCAAAGGGUUGCUUGGGUUGCUUUAGUGGCAACAUUAGUGGAGUCACUUCCAAGUACUGAGACAGUGGAUGACAAUAUAUCUGUUCCUUUAACAAGCAUGUUAGCAGCAUAUUUAAGUUUUGGCUUCUAGUUUGUGGUAUCUAUCGCUUUUAUUUUACUUUUCCAUGAUCUAGAUUAGGUACUGUUACUGAAUGUUCUAUUUUCAUUAUUCUGUUUCACUUACAUGUGCUGUAAUUAUAAUUUUCUCCAUUUCUUGAACUCCAUAAAUUUCAUUGCCUUCCCUUGUCACUA